AUGUCCGUUCAUCAAGGUAUCUCUGUCUGUCAUGUACGGGUUGCCGUUCCCGGAUUGGCUUGGGGGGCAGUUUCCCAAGAGGCUACCGUAUGGCAUCCGUCCGUCGAAAAGCGUCGCAUCGCGUCGGUGGAGCGUAGAGACUUCUAUUUGGAAACGAUGAUCCCAUCGUCGUCGUCAUCGAGCUCCAGCAGCGCUGGGCAGGCCUACGUUUUGUACGUGGAUCAAUACCAACACCCUGCGCCUCUGUCGGAUUGCUUCGUGGCAGCUACGACGACAUCGACCGUACCUAUCAACACAGCGAGCGUCUCCACAGACGGAUCGUCGCUGUCGUCACGACAACAAUCCGUCUGGGCGCUAUCCACGUCUAUUCCCCGCUUUCCCAAAACAACCACGACGCGGACGGUGGAUUCGGCCUAUUGUGGACAGUGUUUGAAGUUCUACGACGCCAGUACAGCGGUAACUACGCUCGGCAACAAGUGUCCACAAAACGUGACCUGUCAGCAAUGUCCUCUUUGCUUGGCCGCCGUCACCCCAACAGUCAAAAUGACACUCAGCGACAGCAGAGUGUAUUACUACCACUGCAACGUGUGUCAGUGGCAUUCGCAACACUCCUGCUCCGUUUCAACAGACUCUCUGUCGACGACAGCGUCAACGUCAACCACCGCACGUGACUUGGCUACUCUAGCCGUAGCUUUGGAACGGGCCCGAGACCACAAUGACAACCAAAACGACCCACGUGGCAGCUACGCCGCCGACGUGCAAGCGCAUUUCGCGUCCUGUGUUCAAGCGUGGUCUACCAUGGAUUCUUUAAAGCGAGGACGUCAGCUGUCGGCUAGCACCCCUACAACAAUAGCAACUCCGCCGAGUAUUGUACCCUUGACAAUGCAGGAUACCGACAUCACUACGGACACCCUCUUGCCUUGUAGCGUCAGCGACGGUGCAUUGUCCACCAUCGCCUGGCAAAUGCAACCCUGCGUCGUCCGGCGUCGCCAACACGAUCGGAACGUUGCACUCUCGUCAAAACUCUUGCCGCUGCCCACGACGUUACGAUUUCGCUGGAGCCUCCGCUCGGUGCCGGAAUUGGAAGAAUCGCGACCUGGCAUUUUGGUCAAACCCAAGCUCAAUCCACUCGAGGGCGAUUCCAGUCUCCGGACAGGUCACACGCAAUGGUGGAAGAAAGACGCCAGCGCACUGCACUCGUCGGUCACGGGAUGUCGAGACCGUCCGAACUCGCCGUUUUGGUGCGGAUCACCAAUCCUACCUUGA